UGGCCUUUCCGACUCUAUAAAGACACUUGAAGAAACCUACCAUUCUUUCUCGUGGGAGACGCACACAAACUGACUUGUAGUUUAGUUGACAGUGGCGAAGAACAGCAGCCGUAGCAGCGGCAGGAAUCAAUGGAGAGAACAGUCCUGGGAUUUGAGCUACCUGGUUUCCGGUUCCAUCCAACGGAGGAGCAGCUCUUGGAUUUCUAUCUCAGGCGAGUCGCCACCGGCGAGAGCGCCAGCUUUGACAUCAUUGGCGUCCUCGACAUCUACCGCCAUGACCCAUGGGAGCUCCCAGGGUUGGCCAAGAUCGGGGAGAGGGAGUGGUACUUCUUCGUGCCGAGGGAGCGGAAGAGCCGGAGCGGAGGGCGGCCGAGCCGGAGGACCGAGGGGGGGUUCUGGAAGGCGACAGGGUCGGACCGAACGAUCCGGAGCGCGGCGGAGCCGAGGCGGGUCAUCGGGCUGAAGAAGACGCUGGUGUUCUACCGGGGCCGCGCGCCGCGGGGCACCAGGACCGACUGGAUCAUGAACGAGUACCGGCUGCAGGAGGACUGCACCUCCGCCGGCGUGCCCCUCGUGGAGCACAUGGUGCUGUGCAAGGUGUACAGGAAGGCCACAUCACUGAAGGAGUUGGAGCAGAGAGCAGCAAAGGAAGAAGACACCAAGGCAUGCAACUCUGAUCAAGACAACUACCACAGUCCAUCGAAUCCAUUAGAUUCCGGCGAAGUGAAGGAGACGAAGGAAGAGGUGGUAAAAGAAGUGGAGGUGUCUUCUUCCUCGGCCGGCGUGGAGUGGAUGCAGGAACCCUUCAUCACGCAGCCAUGGAUGGACCACUGGUCGCCAUAUGCCAACACCCUCAACUUCUAACUACACCAUGAACCACGUUGCUGUACAGAAGAGUCAUCAGCAUUGACUCGGGAGCAUUAAUCCUGCUUCAAGAAUAUGCGCCAGGGAUUCAACAACUCUGCUUCUGAUGCUUUGAUCUCAAGUAAACAGACUGUUCCUCCUGUGUGAUUCAGGAAGAAACAAGUAGGAGUAAGCUAAUAUUAGAUUUGUGCAUCUUAUUCUGCAAAAAACAAAAACAAAAAAUCAUGCAAUCUAUCAAUCUUUUGGUUAGGAUGGAUGAGGCAAUUUCCAUGUUGAUCUAAUCUAAUCCAACCAGGGAAAAGCUUAGUCCAA